GUGAAUAUUGUUAUUUAGUAAAAAUAAAUAGAUUAUAUUGGUUGUAUACUGUCAUAUAGUAGCUUAAGGAGCAUAGAAGAAAUGAACCACUUAGCGCUGCUUUGUAUUCUAAUUCACCUCGUAGGUGUGAACUGUUACCGGGAUCCUAUCACCAAUGCCUUCGUAACAUUAAUUCAGCAACUGGACGAUGAAAUGAAAAAUCAGGAAAGUUACGACGAACUUGGUUUGGUGCAACGUCGACAACACACUCAGCCAAUCUAUCCCGAGACAUAUGAAGAAAAGCAACCGGAUCUUAGUUAUGCGCCAAUCAGUGAUACGUUUCCUCAGGUCAAGGUUGGAAAUAAGCUUAUAAUUGGUUCAACACUUGCAGAGUCGCACGCCUUCUACAGUAUUCCUUACGCUAAACCUCCCACCGGAGACCUCAGAUUCAUGCCACCAGUAGCAAUCGACAAUUUGACCGAAACAUUGAACGCCUCACUUCCCGACUUCCGAAUGUGUUACCAGAUCAAAAACUGCGACGAUGGAGAUUGUAACGAAUUUCUUAUGACCGAAGACUGCCUCGUAUUAAACAUCAACGUUCCUUCUUCUAUUGAUCUUUCUGAUCCCGAAAGAGAACCGGAGGGGGAUAAGAUUCCAGUGAUGUUUUAUAUACACGGAGGUUUCUUUUUCGAGGGAAGAGGGACAACUCCUAAAACUGACGGGAGAUGGUUGAGUGAAGCAGCAAAAUCUAUCGUCGUCACGAUAAACUACAGAGUAGGCCCGCUUGGGUUUUUGUUGUUCGAAGAGAACGGUCAGCUGAUUGAAGGAAAUCAAGGAUUUAAAGAUCAGCAACUAGCGUUAAAAUGGGUUUACGAAAAUAUUGGCAAAUUUGGCGGUGAUUCACAACGAAUCAUGAUAUUUGGUGAGAGUUCUGGGGCGCAGUCUGUUGAAUACCAUUUGCUGGCUCGGAAUAGCGAAUCUUAUUUUCUAAGUGCUAUCACUGAAAGCAACCCAGCUGUAUUUCCAUUUCAAACAGUCGAAAAAUCACUGGGGGUUACAGAUCGUGUUUUGGAAGUUAUUAACUGCACUGAUAUUGCGUGUUUAAGGUAAUAUAGAAUGCUAUUUCGGCU